GGCCGUCUCUCUUCCCAGUAAAUCCUCCCGGAGGCCCCGCCCAGCAGCCCCUCGCCCUCCGCGGCCCCGCCCCCGGCCCGCGUUGGCGUCUCUCGCCCUCCCCCGGCCGCGCGGCCGGAGCUGGCACGGAGGAGCGGCGUCCGCGGCUGCCUCGCGUCCUGGGGGCUCGGGCGCUGCCCUGGGCACGGCGGCCCCGAGGGUGCCCGCCGUGCGCGGAUCUGCCUCCCGCGACCGGGGGCCGCCGGCGCUCCCAGCGGGCGGGCGUGUCCGCGCGCGGGCCGGCUAGGGGGCUGCAGCCUGUGGAGGCGCGGGGGCCCGGCGCGGGGGCUUGCUGUGCACGGCAGUCCCCCGAACUCUCCGCUGCCGCCUCCGGGGACUGGGCGCCGCCGCGAGACCAGUUCGGAUGUGCCCAAGAAAGGAAUGUCAUGAAAAAGGAACAGAGAAGAGACACCAAGGCUGGUGAAAGGGGAUCUGCCCUUCGCAGGUGGUGGUGACUUCCUGGUUGGAAGAGGAGGACCUAGGUGGCUGAAGAGAUUAGAUUUUUGUAGCUGUACAGAUGAAGCUGGUAAAAGAAGACAUGAAAAUACUUUCUCUGGGUCACUAAUAGGUAAUGAGUAAGCCUGAAAAAGACAGAUUUGAAAUGAGGGCAGGAAUUUCGAGGUUUGUGAAACCGAGUAGGACUUUGAACACUUGAGGAUGUUUUUCUCCCAAAAAUGGAAGAAGAAAAAAUUCAUGAAGCAAGAAGUGUAAGAAGUUGGAAGGACUAACAACUGAAUGCACUCCAGGAAUUUCAGCACUUCAUCAGCCUCUGGGCAAACACAUGCAGAUGCACCGUACGUACAUGGCGAUUUCGUCACUGGAGAUGGUUUCCUAUGCUGGGAGGAACUUGAUUUGAAUUUUGGAGUGCUUUUUUUUUUUAACAAUGUGUAUUUUGACUUUUCGUGUUAGAUUUAUGUAAAGGAAGUAAAUCGUGAAUUCACAGUAUGUUUGGCUGUACCACUGUUUGCUGGGUAAUAUGGAAAAAUUCGAGGUUUUAACAUUCCUUGAAGUUUUAUUGGAAGCAAAACUGUCAGGGACAGACACGCAGUGUAAGUUUUCUCUUUUUUUUGGCAACUGUAUUUGCUUUGAAUAAGCUGAAUGUCAGAUGGAUUUCACUGCAUUUCUAAUUUACAGUCUGUUUUAUCAAGGCCUUAAAUGUAUGUUUUCUACUAAGCAGAUGGGAAACACAUUUGACAUAUAUGCCUAAGGAAAGGAACUCCCCAAUGGAUCAUGGCGUUUAUGUUUACAGGACAUUUCUUGUUUUUAGUAUUAGUGAUGUUUGCUUGCUCUACUUUUGAAGAAUCUGUGAGCAAUUACUCUGAUUGGGCAGUUUUCACAGAUGAUAUAGAUCAGUUUAAGACAGAGAGAGUCCAGGAGUUCAGACCCAACCCAAAGCUGAAGAAAAGUGUGCUCCAUCCAAGUUUAUAUUUUGAUGCUGGGGAAAUCCAAGCAAUGAGACAGAAGUCUCGCACAAGCCAUUCGCAUCUCUUUAGAGCUAUCAGAGGUGCAGUGAUAAUUAUGCUGUCUAACCCAACAUACUACCUACCUCCACCCAAGCAUGCUGAUUUUGCUGCCAAGUGGAAUGAGAUUUAUGGUAACAAUCUGCCUCCUUUAGCACUGUACUGUCUGUUAUGUCCAGAAGACAAAGUUGCCUUUGAAUUUGUCUUGGAAUAUAUGGACAGGAUGGUUGGCUACAAAGACUGGCUAGUUGAGAAUGCGCCAGGAGAUGAGGUUCCAGUUGGCCAUUCCUUAACAGGUUUUGCCACUGCCUUUGACUUUUUAUAUAAUUUAUUAGAUGAUCAUCGAAGACAAAAAUACCUGGAAAAAAUAUGGGUUAUUACUGAAGAAAUGUAUGAGUAUUCCAAGGUCCGCUCAUGGGGCAAACAGCUUCUCCAUAACCACCAAGCCACUAAUAUGGUAGCAUUGCUCACUGGAGCCUUGGUGACUGGGGCGAAUAAAGGAUCUAAAGUAAAUGUGUGGAAGCAGGUUGUAGUAGAUGUGAUGGAAAAGACGAUGUUUCUCUUGAAUCAUAUUGUUGAUGGGUCUUUGGAUGAAGGUGUGGCGUAUGGGAGCUACACAGCUAAAUCAGUCACUCAGUAUGUUUUUCUGGCCCAGCGCCAUUUUAAUAUCAACAACUUGGAUAAUAACUGGUUAAAAACGCACUUUUGGUUCUACUAUGCCACCCUUUUACCUGGCUUCCAAAGAACAGUGGGUAUAGCAGAUUCCAAUUACAAUUGGUUUUAUGGUCCAGAGAGCCAGUUAGUGUUUUUGGAUAAGUUCAUCUUAAAAAAUGGAGCUGGAAAUUGGUUAGCUCAGCAAAUUAGAAGGCACCGACCUAAAGAUGGACCGAUGGUCCCAUCCACUGCCCAGAGGUGGAGUACUCUUCACACUGAAUAUAUCUGGUACGACCCUCAGCAAAUCCCACAGCCUCCUGCUGAACAUGGUACUGCAAAAAUGCACAUAUUCCCUAACUGGGGUGUUGUCACUUACGGGGCUGGAUUGCCAAAUACACAGACCAAUACCUUCGUGUCUUUUAAGUCUGGGAAGCUCGGAGGGCGAGCUGUGUAUGACAUUGUUCACUUUCAGCCGUACUCUUGGAUUGAUGGAUGGAGAAGCUUUAACCCAGGACACGAACAUCCAGAUCAGAAUUCAUUUACUUUUGCUCCCAAUGGGCAAGUAUUUGUUUCCGAAGCCCUCUACGGACCCAAGCUGAGCCACCUGAACAACGUGCUGGUGUUUGCUCCAUCACCCACCAGCCAGUGUAAUAAGCCCUGGGAAGGUCAGCUGGGAGAAUGUGCGCAGUGGCUCAAGUGGACUGGUGAGGAGGUUGGCGAUGCAGCAGGGGAGAUCAUUACUGCCUCUCAACAUGGGGAAAUGAUAUUUGUGAGUGGGGAAGCAGUGUCUGCUUAUUCUUCAUCAAUGAAGCUAAAGAGUGUGUAUCGUGCUUUGCUUCUCUUAAAUUCUCAAACAUUGCUUGUUGUUGAUCAUGUGGAAAAGCAAGAUGAUUCCCCCAUAACAUCUGUCAGUGCCUUCUUUCACAAUCUGGAUAUUGAUUUUAAGUAUAUCCCAUAUAGGUUUAUGAACAAGUAUAAUGGUGCCAUGAUGGACGUAUGGGAUGCACACUACAAAAUGUUUUGGUUUGAUCAUCGUGGCAGUAGCCCUAUUGCUAGUAUCCAGGAAGCGGAACAAGCUGCCGAAUUUAAGAAGCGGUGGACUCAGUUUGUUAAUGUUACAUUUCAGAUGGAAUCCACAAUCACACGGAUUGCCUAUGUUUUUUAUGGGCCAUAUGUCAAUGUUUCCAGCUGCAGAUUUAUUGAUAAUUCCAAUUCUGGGCUUCAAAUUUCUGUCAAUGUCAAUAGUACUGAACAUGUUGUUUCCAUUGUAACGGACUACCACAAUCUGAAGACAAGAUUUGACUACCUAGGAUUUGGUGGCUUUGCCAAUGUGGCUGAUCAGAGCCAAAUAACUCGAUUUGGUUUGGGCACUCAAGCAAUACUAAAGCCUGUAAGACAUGAUAGAGGUAUUUUCCCUUUUGGAUUUAAAUUCAAUGUAGCAAUUGGGUUGAUUUUGUGCAUUAGCUUGGUGAUUUUAGCUUUCCAGUGGCGGUUUUACCUUUCCUUUAGGAAGCUAAUGCGGUGCAUCCUGAUUCUUGUUAUCGCUCUGUGGUUUAUCGAGCUGCUGGAUGUGUGGAGCACCUGCACUCAGCCCAUCUGCGCAAAAUGGGCCGGGACAGAGGCUGAGGCAAGCACCGAGUCUCUGUCUUCUGAAGGGCACCGGGUUGAUCUUCCCGAGGUUGUCAUUACCUCACUUCCUGGUUCAGGAGCUGAAAUUCUCAAACAACUUUUUUUCAACAGUAGUGAUUUUCUCUACAUCAGGGUUCCUACAGCUUACAUUGAGAUCCCUGAAACUGAAUUUGAAAUCGACCCUUUUGUAGAUGCUUGUGAGUGGAAGGCGUCAGACAUCCACAGUGCGCGUUUCCGUUUACUCCGAGGCUGGCUGCAAUCCUUGGUCCAAGACACGAAGCUACAUUUGCAAAACAUCCAUUUGCAUGAACCCAGUAGGGGUAAACUGGCCCAAUAUUUUACCAUGAAUAAGGACAAAAAAAGAAAACUAAAAAGGAGAGAAUCUUUGCCAGAACAGAGAAGUAGAAUGAAAGGCACUUUUGAUAGAGAUGCUGAAUAUAUUAGGGCUUUGAGAAGACACCUGGCCGCCUAUCCCAGCGCACGUCCUGUGCUCAGUUUAAGCAGUGGGAGUUGGACCUUAAAGCUUCAUUUUUUCCAAGAAGUUUUAGGAACUUCGAUGAGGGCAUUGUACAUAGUAAGGGACCCUCGGGCAUGGAUUUAUUCAAUGCUGUACAGUAGUAAGCCAAGUCUUUACUCUUUGAAGAAUGUACCAGAGCACUUAGCUAAACUGCUUAAAAUUGAGGGCAGUAAAGGCAAAUGUCACUUAAAUCCGGGUUAUGCUUCUGAGUAUGAAUCAUUGAGGAAAGAAUUAUCAAAAUCCAAGUCAAAUCCGGUCUCCCUGUUGUCUCAUUUGUGGCGGGCAAACACAGCAGCAGCCCUGAGAGUCAAUACAGAUUUGCUGCCUACCAGUUACCAGCUGAUCAAGUUUGAAGAUAUUGUACAUUUUCCUCAGAAAACCACUGAAGGGAUUUUUGCCUUUCUUGGAAUUCCUUUGUCUCCUGCUAGUUUAAACCAAAUAUUGUUUGCCACCUCCACAAACCUUUUCUAUCUUCCCUACGAAGGGGAAAUAUCACCAACUAAUACUAAUGUUUGGAAACAGAACUUGCCUAGAGAUGACAUUAAACUGAUUGAAAACAUCUGCUGGACACUGAUGGAUCGUCUAGGAUAUCCAAAGUUUAUGGACUAAAUGCUGCAGGUCAGCAGAAAUUUGCACUAAUACUUUCCAACCCAGUUUAUAGAUAUGAAUUACAAGAGUUUGUUUAUUCUUG